CGUCAUUUCACAUCGCUACAGUAGGACGGAGAACGUCAGGACUCAAUUUCAUCAUAUUUCUCUUACAACUGUAGUGGAGAAUUGCCUACUAUGAACUGAAACUCUUCCUAAAACCAAAAACAAGUAGAUCCUAGUGAAGUGACGCAUAAGCCAGUAGAUUCCAGUGUCGAGUUGUAAUUUUUUGCACCUCAAUGUAGCUAGAGGAAAUGGCUGUGGAAAGCAUGACUGUCCAUCCAAACUCCCCAACUACCAACCACGAACACAACAGUCUCCUGACUGACGAAAGUCGUGCCCUCACUGACUCGUCCCAAACAUCCACCAAAGUUCCCCCCUCUCCAAAAAAAAGUGUUAAACGUCUGCAAAGCAUCCCAGAAGUUUUUCCAAGUCAAACACCCCAAGUUCCCAUUUUCUCCACAGUCCCCAGUUGGCAAAUUUGUUGUAGUCCCAUUUACAAGUCCCACAACAACAACAACAAAACACCACCAGUGUCCCUAAAAAAGGUUAGGGGAAAAAAAACUUUUUCAAUGGGUUUGAGUGCAAAAUAUGAAGAGAGCCUGUCACAGCCAGAAGAUGGAGAGCUGGAGGAGGGUGAGCUGGAAGACGACGGGGGAGAUGUGGAGGGGGAAGGGGGUGCGCCCGCAGCAGGAGUCGUCGUAGAUGGCGGCGACGAAGCGGGCGGCGGAGGAGGCGAAGCGGUAGGGGACGGGGCCGGGGCCGGGGAGAGGCCUCGGCGGAGUAAAGAGCGUCACGGCAGCACCGAAUCAGAUGAGGAGAGAUCCCACCGCCGCAAGAGGAAACGGAAGAAAGAGCGGGAGCGAGAAAGAGAGAAGAGGCGAUCCAAGAAGAAACGCAAAUCCAAACACAAACGUCAUGCGUCCUCUGAUGACGACCACUCGGACUUCAGCGAUGAAUCAGACUACUCUCCCAGUGAGAAGAGGAAGUAUAGAGAGUACAGCCCCCAGUACCCCCCUCCUUCUCACGGGGGCUACAGUGGCUCGAAGAAAGGCAACUACAUGAAGAUGGACAAGCAGAGCUACGGAGGCUACGACGAAUACGAGGAAGACAACUACGAGGGAGAGGAAGAGGAGGAAAUAGUGGAUGAAGACUACGACGACUUCACCAAGGAGCUCAACCAGUACCGCAAGGCCAAGGAGGGAGGAGGCGGCCGCGGUAGAGGUGGCAAAGGUCGCAUGAAGGGCCUGAGAGGCCGUGGAGGAAUGAGGGGAGGGAGGAGGGGAAGAGGAGGUCUCAGAGGAAGAGGAGGCCGAGGCGGAGGCGGAGGCGGUGGUGGCGGUGGUGGUGGUGGUGGUGGUGGUGGUGGUGGAGGAGGGAAGAUGGGCGGAGAUAACGACGAUGGAGAUGGUUACGGAGAUGAGAUGGAGUAUGGUGGUGGCGGUGGUGGUGGUGGUGACGAUGAUUAUGACAACAUGGGGGAUGAUGACUACGAUGACUAUUCAAAGGAGCUCAAUCAGUACAAGAAGUCCAAAGACAGAGGUAGAGGUGGUAAAGGUUGCCGCGGGCGAGGCAGAGGUAAAGGAGGACGUGGUAUGCUCAGAGGAGGAAAAGGUCGAAACAGAGGAAGAGGGAGAGGUGGUGACAUGGGGAACGACGACGACAACAACGGAGACAUGGACAACGGGGUAAGGUCGUUUGAUGGAGGUGGAGGCGAUAUUGGACCAGGACCAGGGAGGAGAAAUCAGAAUGAAAAGCACCAGGACAAGAAAGGAAAGGCCAUCUGCAAGUACUACAUUGAGGGCAGAUGUACCUGGGGGGACCACUGCAACUUCAGCCACGACAUCGAGCUGCCGAAGAAGAAAGAGCUGUGCAAGUUCUACAUCACUGGAUUCUGCGCCCGAGCCGACCACUGUCCUUACAUGCAUGGUGAAUUUCCCUGUAAGCUGUUUCACACCACCGGAAACUGUGUCAACGGUGAUGAGUGCAUGUUCUCCCAUGAAACCCUCAAUGACGACACUCAGGAGCUGCUAAACAAGAUGCUGGCGGAGGACGCUGAGGCCGGCGCUGAAGACGAGAAGGAGGUGGAGGAGCUGAAGAAGCAGGGCAUCAACCCCCUCCCCAAACCCCCUCCUGGCGUAGGCCUCCUCCCGACUCCUCCUCGGCCUGUUCCUGUCGACAACAACGCAGGGGCUGGAGAUUUUGGAUGUCCUCCGCCAGGUGACUUUGGGGGUCCUCCUGGACCCAACCAGGGGCCCAUGUCUAACAAAGUCCCCCCAGGACCGGGGCCUAUUCCUGGGCCUAACCCUUGUGUGGGUCCCCCUGUCCUCAGCCCUGAUGGAAGUCCCUACCAAGGGGGACCCCCAAACCCUUCUUGCCCUCCUCCUCACAUGGGCCCACCACCUCCUGGUUGUGGAGGCGGAGGAGGCGGGGGGAAAAAGAUCCCCUCCUUGUUUGAGAUUAAAGUUCAGCCGACAGGGCAGCUGGCUCAGAAGCUGGCCGUAAGGAGCCAGACACCCGCAGGUAACCAGGGUCAGACCGCACCUCCUGGACCCCAAGGUGCCCCUGGCGCCCCUCCUCCUCGCUUCCCCGCCCCACCAGGCAUGAUGCCCCCCGACAUGCAGAACAUGGGCCCCAUGAAUCAGGGGCCGCCCAACAUGGGCCAUGGCGGACCGCCCAUGAUGGGAGGAUUUGGGCCCGGUGACGGCCCUCCCAUGCCUCCAGGUCCUCCUCAGGGUGGAGGAAACUUCUUCAAUAACUUCUUCAAUCAGCAGGAGGGUAUGGAGAUGGAAGGAGUGGUGCAAGAAGGUGACAACUACCAGGGUUUUUCCGGCAUGGACGAGAGAGGAGGCGCAGGGAACUUUGGGAAUCAGUCGGGUGGCCAAGAAGGCUCUGCUAACGGAGCGUCGGCCAAUCAGGGAGGGAUCUCUGUGCCUGACUUCCUGCCGCCAGCGCAGCGCGUCCUGUUCAUGAGGAUCCAGCAGAAGCAGCAGGAGGAGGAGGAGAGAGCUCGCAGGAUGGCGGAGGGAGGAGCGGAGAAGACGAGAGACACUGAAGGUGACUCAGGGAACUGGUACUCCAGUGAGGAUGAGGACGGCGGCGGUAGCGUGACGUCCAUCUUGAAGACGCUCCGUCAGCAGACCCAAGUUCCUCAAAAGCCCGACGGCCCCCCGAGCGACCCUCGCCUCCAGAAGGCCUCUCCUGCCAACCCUCCUCCUCGUCCAGCGGAUCCCCGCUUGGCUCGGGACCCUCGUCUGGCCCGCGCAGGAGAGUCGGUUCAAAGUUCUGAUUCCAUGCCGGCUCCGUCUUCCUCGGGGCCUCCUGCAGACCCCCGGUUAGCCCGGCUAGCUGCUGCUACCUCAGCUGGAGCUGCCUCGCAUUCGCCUCCCGCUCCUAAACAAGAGCCGCCCCUGAUUUACAAACCGCCGCCGCUCACGACCCCGACGGUGGACGAGGAGGAGACGGAGCGGGUUUUACGGGACAAGCCGGUGCCGAUCCCCCUGGACCCCCUCAUGGGUAUGGCUCUUAGAGACCCUCGCUCACAGCUGCAGAAGUUCAGCCACAUUAAAAAAGAUAUCAUGCUGCACAUGCCCGCCUUCUGCAAAACCAUUACCUGGUCACCUGAAGACCUCCUCCCGCUCCCUCUCCCCAAGCAGGACCUCCUUCCGCUCCCUCCAGGCAUUCCUCCCGUCUCCUCCCUAGACCCGCGUUUGUCCCGCACCCAGCAGCAGCUCCACCCGACCCUCCCUCAUUCGCAGCCUCCUCCUGUACAACCCCCGCCCUCCUUUGACACCCCUCCCCCCUCCUCCUCCACCUCCUCCCUCCCAGACUUUGAGCUGCUCUCUCGAAUCCUGAAGACUGUCAACUCCAGCCCGUCCCAAACCCCCUCCCCUCCUCUUAUACCCACCCCUGCUCCCCCUAUGUCUCUGCUGGGUCCACCUCCCCCCGUACCUCCCCCACCUCCAGAAAAGCCGGUUGACCCCCGUAUGGCCCGUAAAGGUCCCACAGAUCCCCGUCUCCAGCAACAAAAAUCGUCAUUGAAGCAGCCGUCAGAUCCAACGCCUCCUCCCGCCUCCUCUGCGUCCCCGGCAACAACAUCCGGCUCCUCCCCGCCCACCAUCGCACCCUACGACCCCAGGCUCCUCUCCUCAGGCGGGGCAGGGCGCGGUGUCGGGGCCGGGGCACCAGGGGGAGCCAGCGUGUUGAGCAGCAUCAGUUUGUAUGACCCUCGGACUAACAAACCAGGCAGUCCUGGUCCCAGCAGCGGCUCCCCAAACUCAUCCAGCACAGAGUCCAAACCCAGCGACCCCACGGCGGGUAAACCCAAAUCUAAGGAGCCCCUGUUUGUUCGGAAGUCCGCAUUGGACCAACCGGAACCGGAGAAAACCGGAGAGCAAGGAACCGAUAGAUACAACAGCUAUAACAGACCCCGACCCAAACCCGCACCCUCGCCUAACUCCACGGCACAGGGAGGGCCCGCCGCAGCUGGGGCAUCCGCCACCGGAGGUCAGGGUGCCACGACAGACCAGGGUCCCGCAGGAGUCCACAACCUACCCGUGUCCACUUUAUUUGGGGUGGUGAAGCAGGCGACCAAGCCCGGCGGCACCGGUAGCCCAUUUGGAGGAAACAGUCCGGCGCAGUCUGAGCAGGCGGCCACGGAGCAGGACAACGCCUCACUGAAGGAAGUUUUCAAAGGCUUUGACCCCACGGCGUCGCCUUUCUGCCAGUGACCACCACCCCACACCCUCCAGCCUCCACCCCCAGACCCACGAACCCCUAAAAAGACCCAUCCAUGUGGUCGGCCAUUGGCUUGUUUUAACACGUUUUUUUGGAAUCUGAGCAGAUCCUGCAAGACUGGUUAUAAGAAGAUAAAAACAUUUGUGAUCAAACUGACCGACUCCUAACAUAUUUCUCACACACACACAUACACACACACACACAUACACUCACUCUCUACCACAGUGUUUCAGAUCCAGAUUCUAUAAACAAAAAGACUUCUUGUUGGUUAUGGGACGGGGUUCAAAGUGAAAUCUCUAUUUUAAAACAAACAUAUUGAUGUAUAAAUAAAUGUAUUCUUCUCUUCUUCAUCUCAAUGCUUAUAAAUGAAAACAGUUAUUCAAGAAAAGCAGCAAAAAUACAUUUAUAUGGAAUGAGCAUUUUUUUAAGCUUGUGUUAUUAUCCCCUUAAUUUAAUUACAUUUUUCCUCAGCUCUUUUUUUUUCUCCUCUUUUUUAAACUGUUUGUGCAGUUUAAACUUUGCUAUUGUCUUUGGCGCCAGCUGAAAAGAUGGGAUACAUUUUUAUCUUUUUUUUUUUUGUGUGACUGUGUGUGUGUGUGUGUACAGAGCCACCAAAAAGUCACAGUGGGAUUUUUUUUUUUUUAUUGCAUUCCCUCGCUAUAAUUUUUGGGUUUCCUUGCGAUACUUUUCCUUUUUUAUUAAAGGCUGAAUUCUUUCUCAAAAGGGACCAAAUUUCAUCAGGCGUACUGUCUCGUAUCAAUCAACUGUGGAGACGUCUCCUUCACAUCCUCGGUGAAACCCCUUCGGCUCUUUCAUAAUCCUCCUCGUAGACUGCAUACCGUCUACAUUUAAAAUACAUCCAUCCGUGUCCGUACAGUAGCCUUAUAUUUAACUGGUCACGAAUUAAACCAACAUCAUCCUCCAGAUUACUGUAACGCUUUGUUCUGGAGAGACCUCGUGAUUUAACAAUUUAACUUUACUUUCACUUAAUUACAUAACUUUUUAUUGAGCAGUAGUACAACAUCAGCGUACUUAAUGCUCAGUUCAAAGUACAAGUCAAUUAGCUGCUGAUCCCUACUGGAGGGGGCGUUUGAUGUUUUAAUGGGAGCAGCUGAGCAGAAAUGGAUGUAUGGCUAAGAAAGAAUGGAAGAAGUAAAGUAUUGCGACGUAGCACAAAACAUUGUGAAGGAAAGUCAAAAAAAUAAAUGUCACUGUGACCUUUUUGGGCGAGAUGCUCUGUAUUUGUGAUGUUUUUGUGUUUAAAUUAACAGCACUGAGGCAACUAAUUUUGCACUGUUGUCCAUCAGAAACAAAUUGCCCUCUAUAUACCACUGCCGUGGCGUUCACUGUCCUCUAUAAACCUCCAUGUAAACUGUUCAAAUACCUACACUUAAAUCUAUAUUCUGCUUGAUUUCUUUUCUUUAUUUUUUUUAUUUUUUAGUAUUUAUUUUUGUACUUCUUUGCAGUUUGUUAGGUUGCGUCCUCUUGAGGGUCGUAUCAAUGUUUUUAAUGUCUGUAGCUCCUCAAGCUGUUCAUAUACUGUUUAUGUAUUUAGCUCUUACCCAAAACAGACGACUUUGCCGUCACAGGAAGUGACCUGUGAUCGCUCAGUAAUGCCUCUCUAACCACUACGCCACUGUUUUUGUGUGUCCCCCCCCCCUUUUAUUUGCUUAAUUUUCUCCCUUAAGCAGUUCUGUUGCUUGAAGGGAAGACAUUUUUAUUUUAUCGGUCUGUAAAAAAUAAAGAGUAUCCACCUCCAUAAAUUACAGCUUCUAUAGCUUUAAAGUAGAAGACUGACUGCUGCGAACACGCUAACCACGUCCUUCAUCGGUGGAGUUGUGCGGGGGACGUUAAAAUAAGUUUGUGUUUUUCUCUGCUAAAAUGGUGAUGUUACUCAAAAGGUUCAACAUGUAUUUAAACAUUUAACCGUGGUUGUUUAAACACUUUUUUUUCUUUCACCUUUAUCAGAAUAGGACACUCAUUCAGAAUUCAUUGUCUAGCUUUGCUGUUUUUUUAAGUUAUUGUUAUUAUUUGUUUCGUUCUGAGUGGAAAGAAAAACGCACAGAGCAUGACUGCAGAUGUCUUGUUCAGUGGGUUGGUGAAACGGAUUCAUUUGGCUGAUUUAAGUGGCUGGUGUGACAAUCCUUAACUAGACUUGGACCUAAAAUGUUAGUGUUUUUUUUUCCCCCCACCAAUCUUAUUGAUCUGUACACAUGUCAAGCCUGAGCUCAUGUCAUUCAAAAUGUUCAGAUCUUAAAAAGGUGUAGAUUUUAGUGACAUUUAGUGGAGCAGAAAUUGAUUAUAUAUCUGUUUUAAUCAGUAUUUAAUCACUUUAAAAUGAGAAUUAGUGUGUUUUUGUUGCCUUAAAAUUAACCCCUUGAUAUCUAUAGAGGGUUUCAUGGCCAUGCUUGAAAGAGGAAAGAGGGAGUACGAGGGAUUGCAAUCUACAACCUCACCACUAGAUGUCACUAACUCCUACUCACUGGUCCUUUAAGACAGUCUGAACACGGUUUUCUCUCUCUCAGCUUACAGUAGAACAACUACACACUUCAUGGUUAAAAUAGUCACAGUUAAUGUUUAAAUCUCCCUUCUUCUCCAGAGCCACCCUUCUUAGUUUCUACCCUUUUUUUUUUUUUUUUUUCCUUAAACCAUAAUCAGCAAAAGUCAGAAGCGAGUGCAGCGUUUGAAUCGGGGGAAUAUGAAAAUGUGGUGUCACUGUAGUGGAGCGUACAGAAGGUUAAAGAUUGUAUAACAACAGUCAGGAUUGUUAUUGACCGUCUUUUUUGUAAAAAAAACAAAAAACAAACAAAAACAAAAAAAUGUUGAUCAUUUUAAUUUAUUUUUUUAUACUUGGGUAAAUAUACUAUCUCACUUUACUUUUUUUGUUUGAACUGAAUCAUUUUAGAUGUCAGGAUAUAUGUGAUUACUGCUCACCUCAGUGGGGGUGUAAGCAGCCUGUAAACCGUGUGAAGAGAAAGAGAGAGGGGGGGAAAGACAUAUUUUUUUAUUAGUUUUUUCUUUUUGUGUGUGUAUAAAGAUUCAUACUAACAAAUUCAAUAUUGGCUCUCUUCUGAUAGGAAAUGAAAAGAGAGGGAGAAAAAAAGCCCUGUCAGGAGGAGGAGUGUCAGCUAUAGCAAGCGUGAAAGUUAUUGUUGAUUUAUUAUCUUCUUUUCUUUUUGGCUUUGUUGGUUUGUAAAUUUGUUAAAUUUGUUUUAUUGAUUUCUUUUUUCUUUGCUCUGUAAAUUAGACCAGUAUCUUGUCUUCGGAGGAUGAGGAGUUUUCUAACUGUACACUGUAGGUGAGGUUGUGACAGUAUUUAAAUAAAGUUGAUACAUCAUCAACCAG